AGUCAGCGCUUUGCCGGCUUGUGCCUCUGGUCGAGCACGCUCCGAUUGUUCGUAAGGCUGCUGACGACGCGUCGUAACAAACCAUCAUACCCUCUGUGCACCAACUGCAGCUUAACACCAUGUCGCGUCAAGCAUUACACGCAAAAAGCGCAGCAAAAAUGGCCCUCCUCCUCACAUGUGCUGGCUCAGCCGCCGCGCUAGUCAUGAAACCGACCACGGCCGUGCGCCAGCCGCUGCGACGCGUCCAGCGACGACCACAAACAAAGAUGAUGGCCUUCCUGCCAAUAAGCAGCAUACCCAUGAUCGGCAAAGCGAGACGGACGACGAAACUCUCCGUCGCCAUCGACCCCUUCACGGAGGUCGAGAAUCUACCUCUCCAACUCCUAGCGAAGGCUUCUGCAGCUCUGGUAGCGGUCCAGUUACUCGCAACUCUAGACUUCCCUGCGCUCAUCGGUUCCUACAACGCCGCGCUCGCAAGUCGCCCUUUCACGACGAAGGCCGCGGGCACGGGCAUCACCUACUUCUUCUCGGACCUGACGGCGCAAGCGUUGGAAGGUGAUCGGAGUUCACUGAUCGAAAAAGUGAAACGCGCCUCUCAGUUCGCUCUCGUCGGCGCUCUCUGGGUAGGACCGCUCCUCGCGGCCUGGUUCCAGGUCAUGGACUUCUACGUGCCCGGGCGCAGUGCGGGAGCCGUCUCGACGAAGAUCGUCAUGGACCAGGUGCUGCAGGGCCCUUUUAUGAUUGCUACGAUGUUUUUGUGGACCGGGUUACUUGCUGGUGCUGGUCUGUCUGGCGCUCUAGCGUCAAUACGAGGGUGUCUGAGAGAUACAUGGGUCAAGUCCGUGUAUGUUUGGAGCCCGGUCCAGGCCGUGCAGCAGCUCUUCGUGCCUCCCGAGUAUCGAGUGGCCGUCGCGAACGGCGUUUCGUAUUUUUGGGACACGUACCUGGCCAUGGAGAUGUCGCCGUCGGCCCACGCGGAGCACGACGAUUCGGCUCCUCCUGCGGAGCUGGCGUUUUCUCGGUAAGUAUAGUUGUUUUC